CCGUCAAGUUUGUUUUUAAUAUAUCACAACCUUAGCGUGGAAAGUCACUAUACGCCACUUUCAGCCCCGUUUUGUGCGUACGCAACGGGUAUAAUUAAGACCCCUGAUCUGUGAGGAUGCGUUGUGGUGCACCAAACCUGUAAAAAAAUUGUAUGAUGCACUGGUUGACCAUCUCAGCACUUGUAUUCGGUAUUGCAUAGACCUCUGCCCAUUUGGUAUAGUAGCCUAGUCGACGACCAUGACACACUUCCAGAACAUCACCUCCUAAACAUGAACACGUGUAUUAUUUAAGGGAGGAAACAGGGAUGAAUACUGUUGCGUAAAAGAACAAAAUCGGGGUCAUGCGCGCGACAGCUCCUGAGCUGUAGCCUACACAUUCAAUCGAUCUGAUAACGACGAGCCCUCCAGGAACGGGUUACGUCGGAUGCUUCUGUCCUCGGACUCACGCGGAAACGAUGCGCCGUCUGAGAGGAAUGUUGUUUCAGUCCUCAAACCACGCUGUGGUGGAAGUUGUCAAACGAUUCUUUCAAAGUGCACAAUAGUAGGCCUACAAAUGCUCUGUCCAGGGGGGUGGUUCACUUUUCACGAGUGGUAGUGGCGUGGCGCCUGUUGGCUGCUGAGGUGAGUUGAACCCCCACCGUCAGAUUAAUAAGUGUUCUAGCCGACGUCACCGGUAUUUAAUGCGGCUCUCUGCGGGAUAACGGCUUGGGCGUGUGGGCGCGUGCCUAAUCGUUUAAUUCAACCGUGAUCACUUUGGGAUUGUUGUGUGUGUGUCCGGGAUGGGGAGCACGGGGGCCGAGCCGUGCAAGAAGAGAGACGGCAAGAAGAGGCUGUGCAAAAAGAAGAGGACGAUGCGGCUCAACAUGCCGGACCUCUGCUCUCUCACCAUGCCCUUCCAGGAAGGAGAGACGGGCAAUUCCGAUAAAGAUGGUUUACGCAAGGCAGACGGAGAGGCCUGUGUCCACUCGGCCAGCCCCACACGGGGCUUCCGACAGCGGGCCCCAUCCCUGGGGGCCCGUCCCUCCAGCCCCCGGCUGGCCCCCGCCCGGACCUCCGAAAGCAACAAGCCCGGCGCCGGCCCCCCGAAGACCGUCUUCCCUUACCCGGUCAGCCGGGGCCCGCAGAACCCCCCCAGCAAGGCCCCACGAAGACUGAGUUUCUCAGGGAUCUUCAAGUCCUCCCGGGAUUCGAACCAGCAACCCCAACAGCAAAGCACCUCCUCGGCCUCCUCCUCGUCUCCUGUUAGCAUCAAGCUCUUUUCCCGCAACAGGAGGGACAAAGCACGCGGUAAGGGUGUGUGUGUCUGUGUGUGUGUGUGUGUGUGUGUGUGCGUGUGUGUGUGCGUGUGCGUGUGCAUGUGUGCGUGUGCGUGUGUGUGUGUGCGUGUGCGUGCGUGCCCUACUUUGUUACUGGUUUUAUUUGGAGAAACUCAAGAAGAAGCAGCGGCGGCGGCCAUGAAGCGCCUGAGCCACCUGAUGAUGAAGAAAUGGCGGGAGACGGAGAGGUGGAAGGAGAGGAGGUGCAGUGAGCCCUGUGGCAGCGCGGAGGUGGAGGAGAAGAGGAGAACCAGAGAGGCCGAGAGCGCUGGGGAGAGACGGGUCCAGAUCUAUGAGUUGGAGGAGCACAAGAUCGAGACUUGGAGAGAGCUUUACCUCCAGGAGACCUUUAAACCCCUCGUACACAUCUCACCCGGCGCCAGUAUCUACGACGCUGUGUAUUCGCUGAUCAAGAAUAAGAUCCACCGGCUGCCCGUCAUCGACCCCGUCAGCGGUAAUGCCCUCUACAUCCUCACACACAAGAGGAUCCUCAAGUUUCUGCAGCUCUUUAUGUGUGAGAUGCCACGGCCGGCCUUCAUGCGGCGGCCGCUGGGGGAGCUGGGCGUGGGCACGUACUCGGACAUCGCCUUCAUCCACCCCGACACGGCCAUCAUCAGCGCCCUGGCCGUGUUCACCCGGCGCCGCGUCUCCGCCCUGCCCGUGGUGGACCAGCAUGGUAAAGUGGUUGACAUCUACUCCAAGUUUGAUGUCAUCAACCUGGCAGCAGAGAAGACCUACAACAACCUGGACGUGACGGUGACACAAGCCCUCAGACAUCGCUCCCAGUACUUUGAAGGUGUGAUGAAGUGCAACCGACUGGAAACACUGGAAACCAUCGUGGACCGAAUAGUCAAGGCAGAGGUUCACAGACUGGUGGUGGUCGAUGAAGAUUCCCACAUCGUUGGAAUCGUGUCUCUGUCUGACAUUCUGCAAGCACUCAUCCUGACACCUACAGGUCUUGGUAGGAAAGCCAGUGUUCCCAGUCAGCAGGCCUCUCUAGACCAGGGGGCGACCGGCGACACCGGACUGGAUUCAGUGUACCCGGAUCCAAGUGGAAUGGACCCCCAAGCAGAGACGACUGAGGCAAAACCUGGACCGGAUCCGGAGCAGGAAUCUACUGAAACGGAGAGAGAGACGGAAGCCUGUACAGAGACUGACAGACAAAGGGACACAGACAGACAGACUGAGCCCAACCUAGGAGGAGCUGCUGAACAGCAGACAGACAGAGAGACGGAAUGUGAGACAGACACCCAGCUAGAGGGUGAGACAGGAGGAAUGACGGCAUGCGAGUCAGACGGACAGUUUAAAAGCGAGACAGUAGGAGAGAUAGAGUGUGAGACAGACACACAGACAGUAUGCAAGACUGAAGGGGAGACAGACACACAGACAGUAUGUGAGACAGAAGGGGAGACAGACACACAGACAGUAUGUGAGACAGAAGGGGAGACAGACACACAGACAGUAUGUGAGACAGAAGGGGAGACAGACACGCAGACAGUAUGUGAGACUGAAGGGGAGACAGACACGCAGACAGUGUGUGAGACUGAAGGGGAGACAGACACGCAGACAGUAUGUGAGACUGAAGGGGAGACAGACACGCAGACAGUAUGUGAGACUGAAGGGGAGAAAGACACACAGACAGUAUGUGAGACUGAAGGGGAGACAGACACGCAGACAGUAUGUGAGACUGAAGGGGAGACAGACACGCAGACAGUAUGUGAGACUGAAGGGGAGACAGACACGCAGACAGUAUGUGAGACAGAAGGGGAGACAGACACACAGACAGUAUGUGAGACAGAAGGGGAGACAGACACACAGACAGUAUGUGAGACAGAAGUAGAGACAGACACACAGACAGUAUGUGAGACAGAAGGGGAGACAGACACGCAGACAGUAUGUGAGACAGAAGUAGAGACAGACACACAGACAGUAUGUGAGACAGAAGGGGAGACAGACACGCAGACAGUAUGUGAGACAGAAGUAGAGACAGACACACAGACAGUAUGUGAGACAGACGUGUUGAAUGCAGAGGAUGUAGAGUUGGAGUUAGAGAUGGAAGAAAAGACAACCGAAGCAGUAGGAGAAGAGAAAGGUGGGGAGACAGAGGAAGGAGAGGAGAGAGGGGGAGAGGGGGAGACAGAGGAAGAAAGGGGUGUGGCUUAA